UCUGUUACUUUUAAAAUGAUACUCCUAAAAAAUGUCUACCGUUCUGCCCAGCCAAAGCUCUUUCCUUUACGAAGCAAACUGGUCACCGGAGAUCGACAAUUUAUUAUUAGGGACAUUGGUAAGCUUGAAGCGAGCUAAAGACUUCCAAGGAACUGCCUUCCCAAGUAAUUUCAUUCUUGACGCGGCAGUCGCGAUCGAGAAUAAGCUGGGAUUUUCUUUCGAAUGGUUCGAACUGGUUGAUCGCAUCCACUUCCUUGAAAAACGCUACAAACUUUUAUGGAGCUCACUCAUGUUGAGGGGACAUAUUUGGAUGCUCGAACCAACCUUGUCAUAGUGGUAGCAGACUCAUGGGCAUCAAUGUUCGAGAGAAACCCCCUUGUCGGUGCUUACUACCACCGAGGGGACCAUGUUUACCGCCUACUCGAUCAACUAUUCGGAACUGGUGACGUCAAAGUCGAGAAUGAAAAAACUGUCAUCUUGCUGUCUGAUACAAUAGAUAAUAAGGGCAAGGGGCAUGUUUUUAGUGAUGAGUCGGUUAACGGACUUCCGGAGGAUGAAACUGUCGGCAUCGAGUAUGUAACUCAUGCCCAACGCAAGCUUGUAUUUGAUGACCAGCUACCACCAGACCACGAGUCUACAAACGAUAAGAGUAAGUAUUACUAUGCUGCAGGUGACGACCGCAAGCUCGAACGUAAACUCGUCGUACCAUCACGUAACCCGUUGUGACAACAGCGUCCACCUAAAGUUCCCACCUACUAUAGCUCGGAAGUUUCCUCAAGUCCAAUUAUGUGUUGGAGGAUGCCGGGAAUGCCCCGGUUUUGAUGGACACAUGGAAUGGUAUGUCUUCUGCUUGUAUUUUGGAAUGUCAUGUUAUGUAACAUCUAGGGAAGUCCUUUUUGUAAAACAUGCACACAAAAUGGUUAAUUAGUGCAUGUAGUAGUGGGUAUUAUGUUAGCGCAUUACUACUUUGCUUAGGAGCUAGGGAAGUCCUUUUUGUAAAACAUGCACACAAAAUGGUUAAUUAGGUGCAUGUAGUAGCGGGUAUUAUGUUAGUGCAUUACUGCUUUGCUUGGGAAUUGGUAAUAUCUAUCACAACUUUGUGAUGAACAAUGUGGACCUUUUUUGUUAUCUAUUAAUAUGAACUUUUGUUAUA